AUGAUAAACCUAUUAGUCACAGUUGUGAUUGAGGGAACUGUGGGAAGCUCGUGGGUGAGUGACAUGGCCAUCGACGACCUCAGCUUCACGACGGGAUGCACGCAGCAGGGAGGCGGCAGCUUUACGACCGUCGCCACGCCGGCCCCGGGAACGCCGGCGACCACACAGAACCCGUGCGCGGCGGGCGAGUACUCGUGCGGCGACGGCGUCUGCAUCCCCGACACGCAGGUCUGCGAUUGGCUCUCGCAGUGCGCCAAUGGAGCAGACGAGGCCAUCUGUGGAGCUUGCACGUUUGAACAUGGAGAAUGUGGAUGGGGAGACAAAAGUACUGGUCAAUAUCAGUGGGACAGACAUUCUGGUUCACAGCCAAGUCACUUUGCUGGGCCACCUGUAGAUCACACUUAUGGCAACAGUUCUGGCUGGUAUGUGUUUGUCGAUGGAGCCACUGGUGAGUUCUUCAGCACGGCCAUCUAUCAAAGCCCCUUGCUCAGCGAGACGUCAUACAUGUGUUCGAUGAAGUUCUGGUACCACAUGUCGGGAUCGGACCAGGGCCAGCUCAGUCUGGUGUUAGACGCAGAUGGUACCGGCAACCAAAACAAGGAGCUGUGGACUGUUAAGGGCGACAAGGGUAAUCAGUGGAAUCCUGCCACAGUGUCGCUUGGCAGGCAGAUGAAAGGUUUCCGCAUGCAGUUUGAAUCAGAGAUUCCCAGAGAUCAGAUGAUUGCUCUUGUCGAUGACAUUGCUGUGGAUGACAUUGAAUUUAUCAAGUGCAACGCUGACAUAGUUAGCAUGGAAUGUGAUUUUACGAUGAACAAAUGUGGAUGGGUUGAUGACAAUACAGAUGACUAUGACUGGACAAGGCAGAAGGGAUCGACGAUGAGCUCUGGAACAGGCCCUAGUGGUGACCACACCACGGGAUCCGGUUACUAUCUGUACACGGAGGCAACCUCACGAAGUCCCGGUGACCGUGCCUGGCUGGACAGCGGUGUGCAGAAAGCCACAAACGCCAGCGGCUUGUGCUUCAGCUGGUGGUACCACAUGUACGGCGCUGACGUCGGCACCCUUAAUCUGAUCAUGUUUACGAGCAGGUUACGCAGCACCAUCUGGAUGAGGAACUCAGCUCAGGGAGAUGAGUGGAAGUUGGCUGAGAAAUUCAUCAACUCCACUGAUGACUACAUGCUUACGUUUGAAGGAAUCAUCGGCCAGAGCUACGCAGGCGAUAUUGCGAUCGAUGACAUAAUCACGUACCCUGGCCCAUGCCAGACAAUGGAGUGCGACUUUGAGUAUGACUUCUGCCAUUUUGUGAGUCACGUCAAUGGAUACAACAGCAGCUUCGACUGGACACGAGGGCGCGGCGCGACGCCAAACGCAGACACCGGCCCGUCGUUCGACCACUCGACGCAGACCAACACGAGUUACUAUGCCUACAUGAACUCGGCUAAGGGGAAGGCCGGUGACAGAGCCGGGCUUAUCAGCCCCCUGUACGACAUGACAUCAGAGAGGUGCCUGACGUUUUGGUACCACAUGUAUGGGUCUGGCAUCGGAUCCCUGUACGUGUACCAGUUUGAUCCGAAAGCGCAGCUGAUCCGACCCUCCUGGAUCAGGUCUGACAACAUGGGUGAUAUGUGGUGGAGAGGAACCGUUACCCUGUCAGAUAUUGGCAAGCCCUACAACGUCCUGUUUGAAGGUGAGGUGGGUACGGCCGGCAGUGGCGACAUCGCCAUCGAUGACAUGCAGAUCUCGGACCAUGCGUGUGGGCCGCCAGGAUUCUGCGACUUUGAGUCGAACAUGUGCAGCUGGGUGAGCGAUCGCACGCAGAAGUUUGAAUGGCUGCGCAACAAGGGUGGUACGCCAUCGACGACGACCGGCCCCGCAAACGAUCACACGACGGGAACGGAACUCGGCUACUAUAUGUACAUAGAGACGUCUACCAGCUUACCGAGUGGAACGAAAGCUCGAAUGUACAGUGAGCCUUUCCAGGCAACACCAAUGGGUGGUCAGUGCUUCAACUUCUGGUACCACAUGUAUGGUGCGAACAUUGGCGAGCUAAACAUCUACCUGAUGCAAUUCAACACAGCAAAUCCAGCUGAAAUCCUUCUCUGGCAAAAGUCCAAAGCACAGGGUAGCAGCUGGAAUGAGGCUAACAUACACAUCAGUUCCUCUACGGAAUGGUACCUUAUCAUAGAAGCUACGCUGGACACCGGCUAUUAUGGUGACAUUGCCGUUGACGAUUUGAUGGUUUUCGGUACGAGCUGCGAGGCAGUUACCACGGCGACGACGAAUAUGCCAACUCCCGCACCUACCUAUCCACCAUCGCCAUUUGACUGUGACUUCCAGGGAGGCUGGUGUUCGUGGCAGCAUGACAACACGGCCGAGUUCCAGUGGGUGUCUCUAAGAGGGGCAACUUCUGAUGAAGGCACUGGUCCAUUAUAUGAUCACACGAUGCAGAGUUCUGCUGGCUGGUACAUCUACGCUAAAGGUGGAGGACAGAAAGCUGGUGACAAGGCAAGGGUCGUCAGCCCACUGGCUGACUUUCCGACCGAUGGUGUCUGCUUCAAGUAUUGGUACUACAUGUUUGGGACGCACGUGGGCCGACUCAACGUGUAUAUGCGUGACAGCGCGGGCAAGGACACGCAGAUCUGGACCAGGUUCGGCACGGACAUCCCUGACUGGAAGUAUACGCAGCUGCACAUUCGGCACACAGGCAAAUACAUGAUUGUCAUGGAGGCAGUGGUAAACUCGUCAACUGUGGCUGCUGACAUUGCUCUGGAUGAUUUCAAAUUCAACAAGGGACCCUGCCCCGAAUCCAGCUCCUGCGACUUUGAGAAUGGAUGGUGUGAAUUCACUAAGGAUCCAGCAGGAAACUUCGACUGGCAGCUUGCAGAUGCUGCAACAGGCGCCAAGGACUUUGGUCCCACCAGUGAUGUCACAUACAGUACACAUGAAGGCUCUUACCUGUAUGUCUCCACCAAGCAGCAGCAGCCUGCCGGCAGCAAGGCUCGCGUGAACAGCCCCAUUUACAGUUCGGCAUUCAUGCAGUGCUUCCAGUUCUGGUACUGGAUGUCGGGAGCUAACGUCGGCACGCUGAACAUUUACUAUACUGAGGCCGCGACUCAGAAUCUUAUCCACUCUCAGUCAGUGUCCCAAGCCAACGAGUGGCAUGUUGUGCAGGUGAGGAUGAUGACCGUGUCGAGUUUCUUCCUCACCAUCGAGGCGGAGGUCGGCACGGCGGCGUCCGGCGCCAUCGCAGUUGACGACGUUGACAAGCUGCACGUGUGCGUGCCGCCAGGUGUUUGUGACUUUGAGCUAGACACGUGCACGUACCGCAAUGACCGGCAAAGCGCCAACCUCGACUGGCUGAUCGGGUCCGGUGAAACGCUGAAGCACGACACGGCACCGGCCGUCGACCACACACUAGGUACAAUAUAUGGUGGCUACCUAGUUAUGCCAUCAAAGUACGCCCAGCCUGGAGAGAAAGCCUACUUGCACUCAACAGUGAUGCAGAUCUUUAGCACUUCUGGUCAUGAUAGCUGCCUCCAGUUUUGGUACCAUAUGAAAGGGACACACGUGGGAACACUAAAUGUAGUGCUUCACAUGUACAGCUCUCCUGAAGUUGUAAAAGUUGUGUGGACCAAGACUGGUGAACAAGGUGAUGAGUGGUUCUUUGACCAAAUAGAUUUUACACCUGGUACAACUGCAUUCAAAAUAAUCUUUGAGGGUAUUGUGGGCAGUGGAAAUCUCGGUGAUAUCGCAUUAGAUGACCUGGUCAUGUGGAGCGGUAGUACCUGCCCACCGCCCCCAACCAAACCUCCUCCAUGCUACACCUGCCAGAGCACAGGAACAUGCAUUGACAGGAGCAGGGUGUGUGACUUCACUAUUGACUGUCCGGACGGAGAUGAUGAAACUCAAUGUGGCUACGACUGCACCUUUGAGACGGCUGAUGGUGCUACCUGCCUAGUAGAUGACAUAGACAGGACUGACUGCAGCAACUCUGGCAUGUACGUUGAUGAAACGUCCUGCCUAGCUCAAGGUUGUUGCUGGAAUGCAUCUGAAUCUGCAACCAUUCCGUGCUUCUACAGGAAACACUCUGUGUGUGGAUGGAGUUGGGCAAACACCGGUUGGUACCAGUGGAUAAGGCAGAAUGCGACGGCGCCAGCGGCUCAGACGGGUCCAGGCUACGAUCACACCACCAGCACACAGCUUGGUCACUACAUGUACAUUGCCGAUGAUACUGGCUCUUCGUCAUGGUACGCGGAACUAGUAUCUGUUGAGCUCCAACAAGCUAGCGCCACCUGUGAGCUGACAUUCUGGUACUGGAUGAGAGAUGCUUUCGGCGGAGAGUUACGGGUAUUCCAUAUAGAGGGAGCUAGCAAAACUAGGAUGUGGGAGCUGGCUAAAAACAUGGGAUCACAGUGGAACCGAGCUACAGUACAGGUAUCCAGGUUGACGCGUCCAUUCAAGAUUUCGAUCACUGGUGAUAAGUACGGUUAUACCGGCGGAGAAAUUGCUCUUGACGAUGUGAAAUUUGAAUCAUGUGAAUUGCCUAUGCCAUCAUCAGAUGGCAAAUGUGUUACUGGUGAAUUCCUUUGCACCAGAAAAUCCUGCGUCAGCAAUUCCAGGAUCUGUGACCAUACAGACGAUUGCGGCGACCAGUCGGAUGAAGAUGCCACCUUGUGUCAGGCGUACAACAAGUGCGACUUUGAGAACGGUCUGUGCGACUGGAACCAGAUGAAUGGCGACGAUUUCGACUGGGAGAGAACGUCGGAUGAAACGCUAUCCUAUCUGACAGGCCCCUCACGUGAUCACACCACCAACAGCAGGUUCGGCUACUACAUGCUGAUAGAGACGUCCUCCCCGCAGCUGCCGGGCUACCAGGCCAGACUAAAGAGUCAAGCGUUCACUGUAGCGGGGAGUAGCGGCUGCACGGUGAGGUUCUACUACCACAUGUACGGCCCGACGGUCGACAAGCUGGCCGUGUACACACGCACCGAGGUCGGCGGCAUGCUCACGCAGGUGUGGUCCCGCGUUGGAGAAGUAGGAGACUACUACGAGAGGAUCGAGAUCCCCUUAGUCAUCACACAACCGUUUGAGGUCAUCAUAGAGGGAACUGUCGGUUACGGCAUCACAGGCGACAUUGCUAUCGAUGACAUCAGUUUCACACCUGGAUGCCAGCCAUAUGACAAGGACUUGCCGGGUGGUACAACGCCUGUACCCACUGUUGGUCCAUGCGGAGAUGGCAAGUGGCAGUGUGCCGAUGGUCAAUGCAUCCCUGAGACGGACAGAUGUAACUGGUUCAACCAGUGUCUAGAUAACUCGGAUGAAAUCGACUGUGGAACGUGUGAUUUUGAGAAGGCAAUGUGUGGCUGGUAUGAUAUCAGCACAGGGCUAUAUGGCUGGAAGCACAAGCAGGCUGGUGGCUCGACAGGGCCUGGCUCAGACCACACAUCUGGAGCAAGCGGAUACUACAUGCACGUGGAAACGGGAGUUGGUGUGACGCAUAACUAUGCGGCACUCAGUUCUCCGGUGUACGGAGAGGCGGCCUCCACGUGCAUCAUGAAGUUCUGGUACUACAAAGUCGGCGGGCAAGACGAGACCACGUUGGAGGUAUACGCGGGCUCGCCCGGUAACAAGGGAACACGAAUUUGGUACGAGUACGGAGACAAUGGCAACCAGUGGGUGCAGGCCACUGUGCAGGUGGGUCGUCGCAGCAGCGGAUUCAAUCUGCAGGUAUACGGCACGCACACCAACAGCCAUGACGACAUCGCUAUCGACGACGUCACGUUCGCCAACUGUGAUGUCGGCGGCGGCGGCGGCCAGUGCAAGCCGGGCCAGCGGCAGUGCACGAACGGGAACUGCGUAGAGGAGACACAGUGGUGCGAUUUUUCGGACGACUGUGGGGACAGAUCGGACGAGACGGCCUGUGACUUGUACGUGGAGCGAUGUGACUUCCAGGCGGACUUCUGCAACUGGACAAACGACACCAGCGUGCUGCUGAGGUGGGAGCGAUACGCAGGCCCUCGUCAAUGGUACAUGACAGGCCCUGAUGGGGAUCAUACAUAUGGCAACACAUCUGGAUAUUUCACCUACCUGAAUACAUUCAAUUACCACCAGGAGGGAACGCCUGGGCGCAUGAAUGGCCCCAUAUUCCAGCCCUCUAUAGGCUGUACAAUGCGAUUCUGGUAUCACAUGUUUGGACAAGAUAUCAACGCACUGAACAUCUAUGUGAGGUCAUACGACAGUGACCCACUCUACAGGGUGUGGAGUAAGACGAGUCAACAGGGAGACAUCUGGCACAGAGCAGAAAUCAAUUUCGACAAAAUACAGAACAAUUACCAGGUUGUCAUCGAAGGCUUGAUGGGCCCUAGCUACCAGGGAGACAUUGCCGUUGACGAUAUCUCGUUCACACCCGCGUGCAUCGUCAUUCCCGGCGCCACCGUCCCGCCGAUUGCUCCCACCACUCACGCCCCCGUCACUAAGCCAGGCGGCUGCAACCCCGGUGACUUCUACUGUACGGAUAACAUCACCUGCAUCGCUGCAAAUAAAAAGUGCGAUUUCACGCGCAACUGCGCCGACGGCUCGGACGAGGAUGAAUGCCCAAACACCUGCGACUUUGAAAUGGACACCUGCAACUGGGAGGACCACAUCAACGAUAACCUGACGUGGGUGUGGGGCACAGGAGCAGAGUCGAACCCGUACUACGGUCCCUACACUGACCACAAUGGCGUCUCGUCUGGCCACUUCAUGUUCCUUGUUAUUGCGGACACGUACAACCUCUACUACCAGACGGCGUCACUCAUCAGUCCAACGUACAGCCGCGCGACCGACACAUGUCUGCUCAGCUUCUGGUGGUUCCUCUCCUACAGCUACAUCGUGGUCGAGGUGAAGGUUGAGUACGACGGCUCGGUGACGUCGCUCUUCAGGCCGAUGAACGGUUUCACGUCGUCGACGUGGUACCAGCAGACGGUCGGCGUCGGCGCGCGGCACGGAGACUUCCGCCUGCACAUCGCCCUCACUCACUCGUCGAUGAUAUCGUACGGCGCCGGUCUCGACGACAUUCAGCUGACGGACUGCGCGUUCCCGGCCGCCGCGUUGUCGUGCCCCGCGGACAAGUUUUGGUGCCGGGAGUCGCUGGCAUGCAUCGAUAAGAACAGGUUGUGUGACAUCACAGAUGACUGUGGAGACAACAGCGAUGAGACCGACCAGUGUUCCAACUACAUCAGGGACAACUUCGAAUCAGGACUCGGUGAAUGGAUGAAUACGGUUGAGGGAGAUGACUUUGACUGGACCAGACUCUCCGGCGUGACUCCCAGCCUAUACACUGGACCCUCGCGUGACCACACCCUCGGCACCAGCAAAGGAUACUUCCUGUAUAUAGAGACUACAGGUCAGCAGUAUCUGGACAAGGCGUGGCUCGUAAGCCCCAUCUUCAAUGCUAAGAAUGAUGGAAUCUGUAAGAUGCGCUUCUUUUACCACAUGUAUGGCAAGCGCGUUAACUCGCUGAAAGUGUACCAGCGGGUGUAUAGCGAUGGAGGAAUGACUACGGUAUUUAGUCAGUACUAUGAAGUGGGAAACUUCUGGAAACGGGCAGAGGUGCAGCUGAAGAGUGCUUCCAACUUCCAGCUCGUGAUCGAGGCUGUGACUGGUAACUACCAGGAGGGUGACAUCGCCAUCGACGAUGUAAGCUUCACGCCAGGCUGCGUGAAGGCGGACCCCGGCACGACCCUGCCGCCGUCGCCGACGACGACACAUCACACGACGCAGCCGACGACGCCGUAUACGGACAACUGCCGCCCAGACGAGUUUGUGUGCGACCGCGGGACUGUGUGCGUCCCGGCGGGUAAAGUGUGCGACUUUGUCCCUGACUGCAUGGACGAGAGCGACGAACAAGAGUGCACAAAAGAGUACUGCACAUUUGGCAAGGGCGAUAUGGGCACAAAAGAAGGAGACAUCUGUAACUGGGACCCAACACCAAACAGCAAUAAAUUCAUCUGGUAUUUGGGUCAGGGUCGAAACAAAACAUUGUUUGACCUUCGCCCAUCCCGUGAUCACACACAGAAUAGCACUGAAGGCUGGUUAUCUCUACGGCUGAACAGUAAGCUUCGUGUACAGAACACAGCUAGCUGA